ACGACAGCGGAGAAAGUGCGGAAAAGAGAGCACCUCCACAUAUACAGAGAGGGAAUGGUGACAAUUGCGAGACAAUGAACUCACAGCGGCAUUUCGUCAAACACUUGAUACACAGGACGAAAAUCCGCCCUUUGCUCUCCAUUGCUAUCUCAUUACAUCUCAGAGUACGCCUCCCAUUCUCUUCAUCGGCAACGCCUGCCCCUACGCCAAUCCUAACUGAUCGAAAGAAAAGCCUCUACACCUCGUUUUUCUGCACACUUGUCCAUCUCUUCCUCCGCUGCCACCGCCUGUCAAGAGCCAUGGAAGCUUUCUCUUCAAUGAGAAAUUACAACCUUGUCCCGGAACUUCCUUCUUGGAACAGUCUCUUGCACCAUUUCAAUUCUGCUGGUCUGGUUGAUCAGGUGAUGGUCCUUUAUUCUGAUAUGCUCUCCUGUGGAGUGGCUCCCAAUGUAGUCACUCGCAAUAUAGUCAUACAUUCGCUUUGCAAAACUGGAAAACUUGAAAAAGCCCUUGAAUUACUCAGAGAGAACGAAAGUGACACCGUUACUUAUAACACUUUGAUAUGGGGGUUCUGCAGAAUUGGUUUUGUGGAAAUGGGUUUUGGAUUGGUGUCUGAUAUGGUAAAGAAAGGUAUUUUCUUUGACACUAUCACUUGUAAUGUAUUAAUUAAGGGGUUUUGUGAUAAGGGUCUUUUGCAUAAUGCUGAAUUAGUGAUGGAAAUGUUGAGUGAUAAAAAUAGGGUUGUCUGUAAAGAUGUUGUCGGUUUUAAUACUCUGAUUCAUGGAUAUUGUAAUGCUGUUGAGAUGAGUGGUGGUUUUGAGGUGAUGGAGAGGAUGAAAAAAGAAGGUUUAUCACCGGAUAUUGUGACAUAUAAUACUCUGAUUGAUGGUUUCGGUACAAUGGGAGAUUUUGAUGCAACGGCAAAAUGUAUCAUGGAUGAACUCUUGGACUCACGUGGAAGUAAUUAUGUUAGUGAUGUUGAUCAUGAAGAAAAACAUGAUUAUGAUGGUGAAGUAAAGGGCCUGGUAGUUGGAGACUUGGGUUUAGAACCAAAUGUUAUUACAUAUACCACAUUGAUUAGUAAAUAUGUUAAGUGGUUUCAAUUUGAGAAAGCAUUUGCUACAUAUGAAGAAAUGACAAGGCGUGGCUUCUUCCCAGACAUUGUUACUUAUAAUUCCCUUAUAUAUGGCCUUUGUAAAUGUGGGCGGCUGCACGAGGCCAAGUUACUUCUUGAUGAGAUGAGAAGAGUGGGUGUGGAUCCUAAUCACGUGACAUACUCUAUUUUUAUUGAUCACAUGUACAAAAAUAGGUCUGACAAAGUUGCUGCUAACUUUCAAAGUCAAAUAGUGAUUAGAGGAGUGCCUUUCGAUGUUGUCUUGUUUACCUCUUUGAUGGAUGGGCUUUUUAGAGUUGGAAAAGCCAAGGAGGCAAAGGACAUGUUUCAGACACUCUUGAAGUUUAACAUAACUCCAAAUCAUAUUACUUAUACUGCUUUAAUUGAUGGGCACUGCAAAUCUGGUGACUUGAAGAGUGCAGAGCUGUUACUGCAACUAAUGGAACAGAAACGUGUUUUACCAAAUGUUGUCACAUUUUCUUCUGUAAUUAAUGGUUAUGCCAAAAGUGGAAUGAUUGAUGCAGCCAUGGAAAUAAUGAGGAGAAUGGUAAGCAGAAAUGUAAACCCUAAUGUUUUCACAUACAAUGCCUUGAUUGAUGGCUGCUUUAAGCUUGAUAAACAUGAUAUGGCUCUUGCCCUGUAUGAGGAAAUGCAGUCGAAUGGUGUUGAGGAAAAUGAAUUCUUGUUAGAUACAUUUGUGAAUAAUUUGAAAAAACAGGGUAAAAUGGAUGAAGCAGAAGCAUUUUUUAUGGAUAUGAUAUCUAAGGGUUUGUCACCCGAUCAUGUUAAUUACACAUCGUUGAUGGAUGGACUCUUUAAAAGAGGGAAGGAAUCAGCUGCUCUUCAAUUGGUCCAAGAGAUGAAAGAGAAAAAAAUAUCCUUUGAUACAAUUGCGUGCAAUGUACUGCUUAAUGGAUUAUUGGGAAUUGGCCAGUAUGAGGUACAGUCUGUUUAUAAUGAAAUUACAAAAUUUGGUCUAGUUCCAGAUAUUCAGACUUUCAAUUCUAUGAUUAAUGCUUACUGCAAAGAGGGGAAGUUGGAAAGUGCUGUCAAACUUUGGGGUGAAAUGAAGAGCUGCGGGAUUAUUCCUAAUUCAAUCACGUGUAAUACAUUGGUGAAAGGACUUUGUGAAGUAGGUGAUAUUGGAAAAGCAAUGGAUUUGUUGAGUGAAAUGGUGACAAUUGGUUUUCAACCUUCACCAACUAUUCACAAAAUUGUUCUUGAUGCUGCCUCAGGCCAUAGAAAGGCGGAUAUAAUCCUGAGAAUGCAUGAGAGGCUUGUCAGCAUGGGACUUAAGGUUGAUCAGACAAUUUAUAACACCCUUAUUGAUGUUUUAUGCAGGCUAGGGAUGACCAGAAAGGCAAUGUCAGUACAAGAAAGCAUGAGAGAAAAAGGACUUUCAGCUGACACUACCACUUAUAAUGCCUUCAUACGUGGAUAUUGCAAAAGUUACCAAUUUCAAAAAGUUUUUGCAACAUAUUCUGAGAUGCUGGCUAAAGGAGUUCCUCCUAAUGUUGCUACAUACAACACUAUAUUAGCAUCUCUGUCAGCUGUUGGACAGAUGAAUGAAGCAACUGAAUUGCUGAAUGAAAUGAAGGGGAGGGGCUUUGUCCCUAAUGCUAAUACAUAUGACAUUUUGGUCUCUGGCCAUGGGAAAAUUGGAAAUAAAAAGGAAUCCAUCAAACUUUAUUGUGAGAUGAUUACAAAAGGUUUUGUUCCUCGCACUAGUACCUUUAAUGUACUCAUCUUUGACUUUGCAAAGGUGGGAAAGAUGAGACAGGCUCAGGAACUAAUGCAUGAGAUGCAAGUCAGAGGGGUUAUACCAAAUUCUUCAACAUAUGACAUACUAAUAGUUGGAUGGUGCAAGCUAUCAAAAAGUGUGGAGCUUGAAAGGUCAUUAAAACUGUCAUGCCGGGGUGAGGUAAGGAAAUUACUUGAAGAGAUGAAAGAUAAAGGUUUCACUCCAAAAGAAACCACCCUUUGUUAUAUCAAUCCUGCCUUUUCGAAAUCAGGAGAAAACAAUGACACAGAAUGGUGGUUGAGCAGAUGGCACAAGACGAAGCAGAGUUGAUCCCUUGAAAAUCAAGAUGUUUCUCAAGGAUAGAAUUUCCUUAUUUUUUGGUUUCUCUCUCCUGAGUUGAAACAUAAGGUUAAGUGAUGUGGAUGAGAAAAGCGAGCUGGUGAAGAGACAAAGCAAAGGACCAGGAGAAAGAAAAAUGAGAAAUCAGGACAACUGUAUAUGCUUUUCAAGAAUUUUUGUAGAACCAACAUGAUGAGCUUGAAGCAAAGUUUCUCGAGAAGGCUGCAUUUGAAGCUAAAUACCAGAAGCUGUAUGAACCGUUGAAUACAGAGAUUGAUGGAUACGCUUUGAUUUUGUCAUUAGUGCGAAAAUUUAGUGCGGAGAAAGGUGUUCUCAACUUCUGGCUGACUGCAAUAAGGAAUAAUGAGAUAGUAGCACAGGAGAUCUUACAGUGUGACGAAGAAGCUUUGAAUUGCCUCAAGAUAUCAAGUGGUGCAGUAUUGAUGAUCGAAAGGGUUUUAAGCUUCACAUCCUCUUGAUACAAAACCUUUUCUCGAGAAUUCUGUCUUGACUAAAACCUAUCACAUGAUUGAUGAUGAUGAUGAGCAUAUAUUGAAGAAGGUCAUAGGGUAGGUUUUAACUUCUCAAUGUUCCAGGGGAACGGGGAGAUCGACGAAGAUGUCACGCACCGUAUAUGAGCAAGUUGGAUGAAAUAGAGGUUAGCAUGUGGCGUUUUGUGUGACAAGAAGGUGCCCCCGGAACUUAAAGGCAGGUUCUACAGUGCGGUGGUUAGACCGGCCAUGUUGUAUGGGUCAGAAUGUUGGCCAGUUAAGAUUGCCCAUAUUCAGAAGAUGAAAGUAGCAGAAUGAAGAUGUUGAGAUGGAUGUGCGGGCACACGAGGUUGGAUAAGAUUAGGAAUGAAGAUAUUCGAGCAAGGGUGGGCGUGGCUCCCAUGGAAGACAAAAUGCGGGAAGUGAGGCUUAGAUGGUUCGGGCACGUGCAGAGGAGAAGCCUAGAUGCCCCGGUUAGGAGGUGCAAGCGGUUGGCUCUGACGGGUAUGAGGAGAGGCAGAGGGCGGCCAAAGAAGUAUUGGGGAGAGGUGAUCAGGCAGGACAUGACGCAACUUUAGCAACUUCAGCUCACCGAGGACAUGGCCCUUGAUAGGAAGGUAUGGAGGGAGAGCAUUAGGGUUGAAGGUAUAUUUUUUGACUCUUGGCUCGCUGGUACUAUCUUUCUGAUUAUGUUGUUGUUACUAUUCUAUUGCCGCAUUUCAUCUUCUUGUGCCGAGGGUCUAUUCGGAAACAACUUCUGUACCACCAGAGUAGGGGACCGCCAUUUGAAUGGCAUCCACGCAGAGGCUUGACACGAGAUCCUAAAAGGAAGCCAAGUGGGUCAAAAAGUAAUAAACCCAUAAUCAGGACUGAUACCUUCAAAAGCUUUUCCAAUAUCUUUAGUCCGCCACAAGUAGCCGAAGAUGAGGAUGACAACGAUGAAAAAUGUUGCUGAAGAUCUCCGGAAUCUAAUGGGAGAAGAUCACGGCAUUGGAGAAAUUGCUGGUUUCUUAUUAGCUUUAUUUCCAUUUCAGUCCACAUGUCAUUCAAACUGGUCAACAACUUCCACGUGUUCGAUGAGUUAUAUGGUACAAUCCUUAGGAAGUGGAUUUGCAACGGAGUGAAUUUAAUAUUUCCAUUUGGCCCUCCAAUUUUGCAACUCAACAAUUGCGGCCAAAAUCAUCCUCCGUGUUGUGUCAUGGUUUAUGGUGAGGCUCUUGCAGGGGAUGAAUUUGAAGAUAUUGAAGAGGAUGAUGACUAUUAUGAGGAUGAAGAAGGGGAGGAGCAAAAAAUAUGUACUAUUAGAUCGGCAUGUUUCUACAAAUGUUCAAAAUCUUUGAAUUUUGCCUUAUUAAUUUUCUCUUUUUGGA